CAAAGCACAAGGUGUCAUAAUACUCAAUAUCCCAAUAUUAAUUUCGACACUGGGCGCCUCCCCCUUUUUCUCCCAUCAGCAGCAGGUUGUGAUCUCGCCCUGGAGGAGCUGCGGGAUGCUGCUGAACACACCCUGUGCAUCUCGCUGUCGCUUCACAUCAAGCCGAGGGAACAUCAAAAGCCUCAUCAAAUAUGUGACGUAGGACCGGCUGACUGCAUCUGCUCCAGGUUUCUGCGAUGAUGGCAGGGUCAAAGAUGUCCGCACCGCUGGCUCUGGUGCUGGUCCUCUCGGUGCUGCUCACAGGAGCAGCCCAUGCUGCUGGGCCUGAGAUGGACCCAUACAAAAUCCUGGGAGUAACCAGGAGUGCAAGCCAGGCUGAGAUCAAAAAGGUCUACAAGCGUCUAGCAAAAGAAUGGCAUCCGGACAAAAAUAAGAGUCCAGGUGCUGAGGACAUGUUUAUCAAGAUUACUAAAUCUUAUGAGAUCCUGUCCAGUGAAGACAAACGGGCCAAUUACGACCGUUAUGGGCAGACUGAUGACACCCAGCCAUACGGCGGCAACAGUCGCUACGGUCAGCGCCAGGAAGGCUUUUAUUUUGAUGAGUCCUUCUUCAACUUUCCCUUCAACAGCAAGAACCACAGGGACUUUGCUGACAGCAAGUACACAUUGCACUUUAACCAGUAUGUCAACGAGGUGGUGCCUGACAGCUACAAGAGACCGUACCUGAUAAAGAUAACGUCCGACUGGUGCUUCAGCUGUAUCCACAUCGAGCCUGUUUGGAAAGAGGUGGUCCAGGAGAUGGAGACUCUAGGUGUCGGGAUAGGUGUGGUGGAUGUUGGCUAUGAAAGAAGGCUAGCCAAUCACCUUGGCGCACAUCGCACCCCAUCCAUACUAGGAGUUAUAAAUGGCAAAGUGACGUUUUUUCAUUACGCUGUAGCAAAGGAGCACCUGAGGCAGUUCGUAGAAGACCUUCUCCCUCAAAGACUUGUAGAGUGGGUCACCGACAAGAAUGAUCUGCAGUUCUUGAGCAGCUGGCAUGAGCUCAACAAGCCUCACGUGCUUCUGUUUGACCAAGUGCCUGUAGUUCCUCUGCUUUACAAGCUUACAGCAUUUGCAUAUAAGGACUACUUGCAGUUUGGCUAUGUGGACCAGGGCCUCACAGAGACCGCUGACCUGCAGAAACAGUUCAAUAUUAACACCUACGCUCCGACCAUGUUGGUGUUCAAGGAGAACGUUGAAAAGCCUGCUGACAUUAUACAGGCUAAAGGAAUGAAGAAGCAAAUUAUUGAUGAGUUCAUGUCAAACAACCGAUUUCUUCUCGUGCCACGACUGGUCAAUCAGAAACUCUUUGAUGAGCUCUGUCCUGUAAAACAGUUUCAUAGAAGAAGAAAAUACUGUGUCCUGCUGAUAACGGGCGAUGAAGAGACUUUUUCUUUUGGGAACGAGGCGUUUCUUUCCUUUGCCUCCACCAAUAGCAAAGAAGUAGUGAGAUUUUCUUAUGUUUACCAACGGCUACAGCAACCUCUCUGUGACAUCUUCAUGCAGAACAAGGACACUGUGGAGUCCCCAGCACAGGUGGUGAUCCUGGAGAGGCGUAAUGCUGCAGGGAAGGCCUUGUUCAAGCAAGUGACCGCCUGGAACGGCAGCGAGGACGACAAGCAGUGUCUGCUGGAGGAGCUGGAGCGCCUUCAGAAGGACCCGUCCAUCCUCGUCCAUGACGCCAUGCUGCCGGAGCUCAACAACGAGUUUGCCUCUAUGUUUGUUAUCCGAUGGAUCUAUGCAUCAUACGAUUACCUUACUGAAGUCAUCGAUGAUAUUUUGCAUAACAACUGGCGUGAGAUGAUGCCUCUUCUGUCCCUCAUCUUCUCUGCCUUGUUCAUCUUGUUUGGAACUGUCGUCGUCCAGGCCUUCAGUGACUCCAGUGAAGAUAAGCAGGCUAAACCAAAGGCAAAGGAUGGGACAAAAUCGCAAAAUGGGUCACCAGGGAACGGUAGCGCUUCAAGUCGGCCUCCAAAGAAGAAUUUUGUGGAGGUGACGGAGCUUACGGACAUCACCUACAUGAGCAACCUAGUGAAGCUGAGGCCAGGACACAUGAAUAUAGUGCUGGUGAUCACCGACGCCUCGAAAAACAUCCUCCUUAGCAAGUACGCCAAAGAGGUCUACUCCUUCACAGGGAGCCUGACACUACAUUUCUCCUUCCUGAAUAUCGACAAACACGGAGAGUGGAUGGACACCCUUCUCGAAUACGCACAGGACGCCAUGCAGAUCGACGAAGAUGACGCGGGAAACCGCAAAAUGGACUACACAGGCUACGUGCUGGCACUCAACGGACACAAAAAGUACCUUUGUCUGUUUAAACCCGUCUACACCGGGGAAGACAUCGACAGCAAGUCUUCAGAGGAUGAAGGGGGUGCUUCAGGGGGGAGGUCGAGGCCCAGUUCCCGUGACAACCAUCCGCCGCGCAGAUCCAAGCGAUCCCGUAGCUUAUCCACCCUGCAGAUCCACCACAAGCUGGACCGCCUGGCGCUGUGGAUGGAAAGGCUCAUGGAAGGCACUUUGCCUCGCUACUACAUCCCUACAUGGCCAGGACUGGACAAGAUCAACCCCAGUAAAUAGAUGGAGGCGAGUGAGAAAGGGACUUCUUAUUUAUCUACUGGCACACUCCCCUCGAAGGACUCCCCUCGUGUUCUGCUGCCAUUUUUGCACUUCAAAUAUUUAAUAGUUACAGAUAUAUUUUAAGGUGCAAUGUGUAAUACCGAACCAGGUGAAUCAACAGGGCAGCGUUUUACCUCUACCACUGGGACCAUACAAUCUUAAUUUACUAGUUACUACUAAUUUACUAACUCAUUUGCUAUAAGUUAAAAGAAAAAUGACUGAGAGCCUGUCAAAAUAACACUGCAAUCUUCUAACCUUCUUUUUGAUCUUUGUUUUUACCAGCCACUAACCGGGGCUGUGAGGUCCAUGUACACUUGAAACUGAAUCCAAAUCAGCAGAAAUGGGAAAAUAACUCUUGUAUUCGUACCGUUCUGCCACCAUGAGACUACUUCCCUGCUGGAUAAGACCCUCCGGUACUUGUGUUCGCCACUACACAGAGAAGCAGCCUUGGCUUGCGGGAAAAACGUAACAGAAAUAUGAAAUGUUCUUGUUUCCUCCACUUUAGAUUUAAUCCAGUAACAGAAACUAUCAAACACAAAAGAUAGACUUACUAUCGCCUCUAGAGGAUCAAGUUGUAUUACAGGACGGGUCGGGGCGCGGUUAGCCUGUUGGCGUGCUUAUUUCAGUAGAUAUGUCGGCAGAUAGAUUGACAAGAAGCAACAUUGUAACUUCUUCACAAUGUUGAUGAUGUUAGUUCUUUUUUUUGCUUUCAACAAAAAUUCUGGCCAUAUCUUACACACUGCACCUUUUCUUAAAGUUCAUUUGAUACUACAAACUUGGUUUUAGUGUAACUACUGUGAGAGAGGUCUUCCUUACACUCAUCGCAUGCUGUUUUCAACUGUUGGUAGUCAUAUUAUAUUCAGGCAAAAUGCUGCUGAUAUAGCCUUGUGAACAAAAAAACAACAUUUUUACCGACUGUACUUUCCUGCCCUCAUGACAUUGAGUCAUUAUCUCACACGCUAAUAGAGGCAGGUUAACUACCACAGUGGUUUUAAAUGAAUACUAUGAAUGGAGAUGCAUGUCUCUAGAACUUAUUGUCUUGCCUUUUCAUGCAUCUCAGCCCAUUUUAUUUAUUCGUAGAUGAUAUCCUUAAUGCUGAUUUCUUCGUGCGAGACUGCUAUAUUGACAAAAACGGUCUAACCACCUCAGUUAGCCAGUAGCUUAAUGUAGCAAACAUUAUUAAAAGCCUAUCUAUUUAUGUUUCUGAAUGUUUUCCAAAUGACCAAGAUUGACUGAUACAUAAUCUUUAAGUCAUCUUGAACAACACACAUAUUAAAGUAAAGUCAAGUUUAGUGGGUGCUUGCUCUGGUUAUGAAAUAGUUUGUCCACUCUGAGUGUAAAAUCGUCUUGGUAUAAGUUUGUUGGUACAAUGUGAUGUAAAUAUUGUACAUAAUCAUGUUAGCUAUAUGACCUGUAUUUUAAGGAGUAUGUAGCUUGAAAGAUAAGGUGAAUGUUUUACAUGGAUUUAUCAAAAUGGAAUAGUUGUGGUGUUUUUGUUUGGAGUUCCUUUUACUAGUUUGUGUAAAAACGAUGUCUGCUAAUGUCAGAUUGAUCUUCUGUAGUGCAUUUAUCCUCUUGUUGGUUGGAAUAAAAUGUUUUAUGUUUGUU